GAUCAGAUAUGUCAAAAUUCUUUUUGAUGUUCUUCAGAAGAGCAAGUCUAUGUGACUUAGAUAUUUCUGCGUACCUACCUUAUUAAACCCUGUUCAAAUAUAAAUAGACUUUAUGAUCCUAAAGGUUUUAACCCAACAUCCUGUUUACUCAUCGGUUUCUACUGGGUUAGCUUAGGCUAUAUUAAAAUGUAUGGUUGAAGUCGAAAAAAUACGAUUACGGAUGUUCUGACACACUUCAUUAAACACCUGGUGGAGUUCCAAGUGCGCAAAGGACUGUCUUCAAAUAAUUUGGGGGAUAUGGAAAACCCAGACAGCCCCCCUGGGAUAAUGGGGUUGCUAAAAACCUUCGACUCUUCUGAGUUUGGGAGCUGGGAAAAGAUAGGCUCCGGAGGAUUUGGACAAGUCUACAAAGUGCGACAUGUACAGUGGAAAACAUGUCUGGCAAUUAAAUGCCCUCCAAGUCUUCAUGUGGAUGAAAAGGAACGUGCUGAGCUUUUGGAGGAGGCGAAGAAGAUGGAGGCUGCCAAGUUCCGCUACAUUCUACCGGUGUAUGGGAUCUGCAGUGACCCACAGGGCCUGGUGAUGGAGUAUAUGGAGACGGGCUCCCUGGAGACGCUGCUGGCCUCUGAGACGCUGCCUUGGGAGCUACGUUUUCGCAUCAUCCAUGAAACGGCGGUGGGCAUGAACUUCCUGCACUGUAUGAACCCUCCUCUGCUCCACCUGGACCUCAAACCUGCCAACAUCCUGCUGGACGCCCAUUACCAUGUCAAGAUCUCUGAUUUUGGCCUGGCGAGGUGGAACGGUUUCUCCAGGGCCGAUGACAUCAGCCGCGAUGGCUUCUGUGGCACGAUUGCUUAUCUACCCCCGGAGAGGAUCAUAGCAAAAGACAGGGUCUCCGACAUCAAACAUGACGUGUACAGCUUCUCCAUUGUCAUCUGGGGAAUACUCACACAAAAAAAGCCGUAUCAAGGGGAGAACAACAUCCUGCACAUCAUGGUGAAGGUGGUGAAGGGCAUGCGGCCGGAGCUGGGCGCCGUGCCGCGCUGCCGUCCUCAGGCCUGCGCCGGCUUCCUGGCGGUGAUGCAGAAGUGCUGGCAUUACUCCCCCCAAGCCAGACCCACCUUUCAGGAGAUCACAUCUGAGAUUGAAGAACUGUGCUCCAAACCCCAGGAAGAUUCCAAGGGCCCGGCUGCCGAGCCAGAGGCCAGCCCCCACUGUGCACAAAGCCGCGCUGACCAGGAGAAAGAUUCUGUGCCGGUGCGACCAAAGUCUGCCAUGCUACCAGAAAAGGACUACAGCCUCUCGGAACUGCUGAGUCAGGUGGACUCAGGGAUCUCUCGGAGCUUCGACCGUGUCAAGGAGGAGAGCUCCCAGGGCAAAGACACGACCAACAAGAGGCUCUCCGGGAUCUCUUCCGUCGACUCGGCCUUCUCCUCUCAGGGCUCCAUCACGCUGUCGUUUGAGAAAGAAAAUGCAGAUUCGGGGACACUGGAUUUGCAGAGAAAAAAGCUGUGUGAAGCCAUUAAGAUGCAGGACAUCACCAAGCUGAUGAAGAUCCUGCAGCCACAGGACGUGGACCUGAUUCUGGAGGGUGGCUGCAGCCUGCUGCACUAUGCCAUCCAGCAGACCAAUGAGGAAGCGGUGAAGUUCCUCCUCCUCAGCAAUGCCAACCCCAACCUGCCCAACGCCAAGGGCUCCACAGCGCUUCACCUGGCCACGGAAAAGAGGCUGAAGAACAUUGCCGAACUGCUGUUGGGCCGCAAGACCAACAUCAACGCCAAGGAUGAGGACCACUACACCCCGCUGCACUUCGCCGCCCAGAAUGGCGACGAGACCAUCACCCGCCUACUGCUGGACCGCAAUGCCGCCAUCAACGAGGUGGACUUUGAGGGACGCACCCCGUCGCACAUCGCCUGCCAGCACGGGCAGGAGAACGUGGUGCGCGUGCUGCUCAGCCGGGGGGCCAACGUCCACGUCCAGGGGAAGGACAACUGGACCCCCCUCCACUUUGCGGCCUGGCAGGGUCACCUGGCCAUCGUCAAGCUGCUGGCCAAGCAGGCGGGGGCCGACAUCAACAGACAGACCUCGGACGGGCGGACGGCACUGCACCUGGCCUGCCAGAGGGGGCAGUACAGAGUCGCGCGGAUCCUCAUUGAGCUGGGCGCUGACAUCCACGUCAUGGCUGCCGGCCUGCGAACGCCCUUGCACGUGGCGGCCGAGACGGGCCACACCAGCACCUCCCGGCUCCUCAUCAAACACAAGGCCGACAUCCAGGCCCAGACUGCCCAGGGCUGCACCGCCCUCCACCUGGCAGCCCAGCGUGGGUACCUGCCCACCGUCAAGAUGCUAAUGGAGGAGAAGGCUAACCCGUGUGGCACAGACUGUGCCCUCCGCACUGCUUGCCACCUGGCGGUGGAGGGUGGCCACUGUGACGUGGUCAAAGAGCUUGUCCAGAACUUCCCCGAGACUGUCAAUCUGGCUGAUGAGCAGGGCCUUACACCACUGCACCUGGCAGUGCGGGCAGGGCAUGCCAACAUUGUCACUGUGUUGCUCUCCCAUGGUGCUGAGAUGCCACAAUUCUGCCUUGAUGCGCCCCAGACUGCAACACCCCAGCCCUCACCAGUCCAGACCUCCCCACACCAGACUGCGCCAGCCCAGACCACCCCACACCAGGCUACACCAGCCCAGACUACCCCACACCAGACUUCACCAGCGCAGACCACCCCACACCAGACGUCACCAGUGCAGACCACACUAAGCCAGACUGCACCAGCGCAGACCACACUACACCAGACUACACCAGCGCAGGCCACCCCACACCGGACUGCGCCAGCUCAGACUACACUACACCAGACUACACCAGUGCAGGCCACACUACACCAGAAUGUGCCAGCCCAGACUACACCAGUGCUGACUACACUACACCAGACUACACCAGCGCAGGCCACACUACACCAGACUGUGCCAGUCGAGACUACCCCACACCGGACUGCACCAGCGCAGACCACACUACACCAGACUGUGCCAGUCCAGACUACCCCACACCAGACAACACUACACCAGGCCACGGCAGCUAAGAUAACACCACUCCAGACCAUGGCACUCCAAACCGCGACAGUCCAGACUGCGCCAGCCAAGAUCUCGCUUCCCCAGACUGCACUGUUCCAGAAGACAGCACAGGGGACUGGACACUGUGGAGAUACCGCUUCCCUCAAGCGGCCCCAGAGGAAGAUUUUAAUCCUCAAACUCACAGAUGGCGACACCAUGGACCGCUCAGACCCCAGCAGUUCUCUGUGUUAUUCUGUCUAAUGUUAAGUUUGAUCUAGAACAUUAAUAAAGCCACCAGUACUUUCUCUCAGAUCCAACAUGGACAUUAUACUCCACACUGUACAGUGGCCUACACACUCUACAGUGGCAUAUCAACUGCUGAGUGUACUUUGUACAGAUUGUAAAUAUUUGGUACUGGUAUUCAUUGCAUGUGAGGACUGAUGUAAUGAUUGCUUGAGCUUUAGACUUUGAUAAGGCUACAUUAUGUCAUCAUCUGUAAAAAAGCAUGGGUACAUAUUUUUAACUGUAUGGAUAACAUAACUGAUGGAACAUACUGUAUUUUCCAUAAAUGUAAAUAGAUUUUUCCAUUGUUUUAUUUUUAUACUUUUUGCAUAUAUGAUUUUUGAUAGCAUUGUUAAAAUGAUACCCUGUUUCUUGCUUCUUUUACAAUGCAUGCAUCCACUGUCCAAACACUUGCACUCAGAAUUUUAGCAAUGUGGACCAUUGUUUUUCUGUCUCAUGGGCCUAACGCAAACUGUAAAAUCACAAGCGCAUGAAAUUGCUGUAAUGUCUUUGUGCAGCUUUGAGCUGUGUAAUUAAAGGACAGGUGGUUGGUAUCGUU